AUGGGAGGUAUCGGCAAAACUACUCUGGCUCAGCUUGUCUUCAAUGAUGAUGAAGUGAAGGGCCGUUUUGAUUUGAGAGCAUGGGUCUGUGUUUCUGAUUACUUUGAUGUUUUGAGAAUAACCAAGAUCAUUCUACAAUCCGUUGAUUCGGAUACUCGUGAUGUCAAUGAUCUCAAUUUGCUUCAGGUCAAAUUGAAGGAGAAAUUUUCUGGGAAGAAGUUUCUUCUUGUGCUAGACGAUGUUUGGAAUGAGAAUUGUCAUGAAUGGGAUACUUUGUGCAUGCCAAUGAGAGCUGGGGCAGCCGGUAGUAAACUCAUCGUGACAACCCGUAAUGAAGGUGUCGCAGCAGUUACCAGAACUUGUCCAGCUUAUCCCCUAGGGGAGUUAUCAAACAACGAUUGUUUGUCUUUAUUCACUCAGCAAGCAUUGAGGACAAGAAACUUUGAUGCCCAUCCACACUUGAAAGAAGUUGGUGAGGAAAUAGUGAGAAGGUGCAAAGGCUUGCCUUUGGCUGCGAAGGCACUUGGUGGCAUGUUGCGCAACCAACUAAGUCGCGAUGCAUGGGCAAAUAUAUUAACAAGCAGGAUAUGGGAUUUACCGGAAGAUAAAAGCCCCAUCCUUCCCGCUCUCAUGAUAAGCUACCAUCAUCUCCCUUCUCAUUUGAAGUGGUGUUUUGCAUAUUGCUCCAUGUUUCCAAAGGACUAUGAAUUCAACAAGGAUGACUUAGUCCUCUUAUGGAUGGCAGAAGGCUUUUUGCAGAAAACGAAGGAGGCAGCUAGGCCGGAAGACUUGGGUUCUAAAUACUUCGAUGAUUUGUUCUCCAGGUCAUUUUUUCAACAUUCAGGUCCAUAUUCAGCCCGAUAUGUGAUGCAUGAUCUCAUCAAUGAUCUAGCUCAGUCAGUUGCAGGAGAAAUAUAUUUUCAUUUGGACAGUGCAUGGGAGAAUAACAAACAAUCCACCAUUUCUGAGAAGACUCGUCAUUCAUCAUUCAACCGUCAAGAGUAUGAGACACAGAGAAAAUUUGAACCCUUUCACAAGGUGAAGUGUUUGAGAACAUUGGUUGCACUACCCAUGGACCACCUAGUUUUUGACCGUGACUUCAUAUCAAGUAUGGUGUUAGAUGACCUUUUAAAGGAAGUGAAAUAUUUACGGGUAUUAUCUUUAAGUGGCUACGAAAUAUAUGAGUUACCGGAUUCAAUCGGCAAUCUUAAAUAUUUGCGGUAUCUCAAUUUGUCCAAGUCUUCUAUAAGAAGGUUACCUGAUUCAGUAUGCCAUCUUUACAACUUACAAGCACUGAUAUUAUCUUAUUGCAAAGACCUUACGAUGUUGCCUAUGGGAAUUGGAAACCUAAUCAACCUUCGCCACCUUCAUAUCUUUGACACACGGAAUUUACAAGAAAUGCCUUCUCAAAUUGGAAAUCUAACAAAUUUGCAGACAUUAUCUAAGUUUAUUGUGGGCCAAAGUAACAGCUUGGGAUUAAGAGAAUUGAAGAAUUUGUUUGAUCUUCGAGGAGAGCUUUCAAUUUUGGGGUUGCACAAUGUGAUGAAUAUUCGAGAUGGAAGGGAUGCCAAUUUAGAGAGUAAGCCUGGCAUCGAGGAGUUAACAAUGAAAUGGAGUUAUGACUUUGGUGCUUCACGAAAUGAAAUGCAUGAGAGGCAUGUUUUGGAGCAGCUACGACCUCAUAGAAAUCUGAAAAGGCUCACAAUUGUAUCUUACGGUGGAUCAGGAUUCCCAAGUUGGAUGAAGGACCCAUCAUUCCCAAUAAUGACACACUUAAUUCUCAGGGACUGCAACAGAUGCAAAUCAUUACCAGCUCUGGGCCAAUUAUCCUCACUCAAAGUCUUGCAUAUUGAACAGUUGAACGGAGUUAGCAGCAUAGAUGAGGGGUUUUAUGGAGGGAUUGUGAAGCCUUUUCCAUCCUUGAAGAUUCUAAGGUUUGUGGAAAUGGCAGAAUGGGAAUACUGGUUUUGUCCUGAUGCAGUUAACGAAGGUGAAUUAUUUCCAUGUCUUCGAGAGCUUACAAUAAGUGGUUGUUCGAAGUUACGUAAAUUAUUGCCUAAUUGCCUGCCUUCCCAAGUGCAACUUAACAUCUCUGGUUGUCCAAAUUUGGUAUUUGCUUCUUCAAGAUUUGCAUCUCUUGAUAAAGUAAGUUUAGUAGUAUGUUAUGAGAUGGUGUCCAUAAGAGGGGUUCUCGGAGGUCUUUAUGCAGUUAUGAGAUGGAGUGAUUGGCUUGUUUUGUUGGAGGAGCAAAGGCUGCCUUGCAAUCUUAAAAUGUUGAGUAUACAAGGCGAUGCUAAUCUGGAGAAGCUGCUUAAUGGAUUGCAAACUCUCACGUGUCUUAAACAGUUGGAAAUAAGGGGAUGCCCUAAACUAGAGUCAUUUCCAGAGAGGGGGCUGCCACCAAUGCUAAGAAGCCUUAAGGUGAUUGGUUGUCAGAAUCUAAAACGGUUGCCUCAUAACUACAACUCAUGUGCCCUUGAAUUCUUGGACAUUACUAGCUGUCCAUCUCUCAGAUGCUUUCCAAAUUGUGAGCUGCCAACCACACUCAAGAGUAUAUGGAUUGAAGAUUGUAAAAAUCUAGAGUCUUUACCAGAGGGAAUGAUGCACCACGAUUCCACUUGUUGUCUUGAAGAGCUGAAAAUAAAGGGAUGCUCCAGACUGGAGUCAUUUCCCGAUACGGGGUUGCCACCAUUGCUAAGACGACUUGUGGUGAGUGAUUGCAAGGGUCUAAAAUUGCUGCCUCAUAACUACAGCUCAUGUGCCCUUGAAUCCUUGGAGAUUAGAUAUUGUCCAUCUCUCCGAUGCUUUCCAAAUGGUGAGCUACCAACCACACUCAAGAGUAUAUGGAUUGAAGAUUGUAGAAAUCUAGAGUCUUUACCAGAGGGAAUGAUGCACCACAAUUCCACUUGUUGUCUUGAAGAGCUGAAAAUAAAGGGAUGCCCCAGACUGGAGUCAUUUCCCGAUACGGGGUUGCCACCAUUGCUAAGACGACUUGUGGUGAGUGAUUGCAAGGGUCUAAAAUUGCUGCCUCAUAACUACAGCUCAUGUGCCCUUGAAUCCUUGGAGAUUAGAUACUGUCCAUCUCUCCGAUGCUUUCCAAAUGGUGAGCUACCAACCACACUCAAGAGUGUAUGGAUUGAAGAUUGUAAAAAUCUAGAGUCUUUACCAAAGGGAAUGAUGCAUCACAAUUCCACUUGUUGUCUUGAAAUAUUGACGAUAAGGAAGUGUUCAUCUCUCAAGUCCUUUUCAACAAGGGAGUUACCCUCCACCCUUAAGAAACUUGAGAUUUACUGGUGCCCCGAAUUGGAGUCCAUGUCAGAGAACAUGUGCCCCAACAAUUCAGCUCUUGACAAUUUAGUCCUUGAGGGUUAUCCAAAUCUGAAAAUCCUACCAGAAUGCCUUCCCAGCCUCAAGAGUCUCCGAAUAAUUAAUUGUGAAGGUCUGGAGUGCUUUCCAGCAAGAGGCUUGUCCACCCCCACUCUCACAGAACUUUAUAUCUCUGCAUGUCAGAAUCUGAAAUCCCUGCCACAUCAAAUGAGAGACCUCAAAUCUCUUAGAGAUCUUACCAUAUCGUUUUGUCCGGGAGUGGAAUCCUUUCCAGAAGAUGGUAUGCCCCCCAAUCUGAUAUCACUUCACAUUCGUUACUGUAAGAAUCUGAAAAAGCCCAUAUCAGCGUUCAACACCCUCACCUCUCUUUCGUCAUUGACUAUUCGGGAUGUGUUUCCAGAUGCGGUUUCCUUUCCGGAUGAAGAGUGUCUUCUUCCCAUAUCUCUCACCUCCCUCAUAAUCGCUGAAAUGGAAUCCCUAGCCUACCUGUCUCUCCAAAAUCUCAUCUCUCUUCAAUCCCUAGAUGUGACAACUUGCCCUAACCUCCGAUCCUUAGGGUCGAUGCCAGCGACACUUGAAAAACUUAACAUUAAUGCUUGUCCUAUACUAAAAGAAAGGUACUCGAAGGAGAAAGGAGAAUAUUGGCCCAACAUCGCUCACAUUCCAUACAUUGAAAUAGAUGGGGUUUUGGAGGUAGUUUCAGGCAUCUUGGUGCUGGGAUUGCUAAUGAUUGUGAGAGUAGCAGAAUGCGGAAGGGCAAGCAGUGUGGAAUAUCUGGCUAUAAACUGCUGGAAACACAGUGCAGUGCUGACAAACUUUGGAGGAAAUGGUGAUGGAAAAAAGAUGAAAAUCAAGGCCUUUAAGUCUGCAAUUGAUCAUCUCAGUGAGUGUGCUUCAGAUGGAGGAGCAGAGCCCAUUGUGCCUCCUGGGAAAUGGCUAACUGGGAGCUUUAAUCUCACAAGCCAUUUCACUCUUUACGUCCACAAGGAUGCUGUUAUUCUUGGAGGUCAAGUUUGA